AUGCGAGGUGGCUUCCUCCGACAGGCCUACUCAGGAAUAUUUCAUAUGUUACCGCUUGGAUUGCGGGUGCAGGAAAAGCUAGAGCGUCUUAUUGAUAAGCAUAUGCGAUCGGUUGGUGCCUCAAAGGUCUCUCUAUCAUCUAUAUCUUCUCAAGAGCUCUGGGAGCAGUCAGGUCGUCUGAAAGAAGGUUCAGAGGUCUUCAGAUUUCUGGACCGGAAAGAAUCCCGUUUCCUUCUUGCCCCUACUCAUGAAGAGGAAAUUACUGCUUUGGUGGGAAGCCUCACCAAGUCGUAUAGAGACCUCCCAUUGCGCGUCUAUCAAAUCUCAAGAAAGUAUAGAGAUGAACCACGACCAAGACAGGGCCUACUUCGCGGGCGAGAGUUCAUUAUGAAGGAUCUCUACACGUUCGAUUACAGUGUUGAAGAAGCCUUGAAGACGUACAACUUAGUGAAAGCGGCUUACAAAAACCUUUUUGAUGAGUUGAAAAUACCGUACCUAGUCGCUGCUGCAGACUCAGGAAAUAUGGGCGGAAGCCUGAGCCACGAAUUCCACUUUCCCAGCUCAAAAGGCGAAGACACAGUCAUCAGCUGCUCGAACUGCGACCAUGUCUACAACGACGAACUCGCAGAUGGAAAGGCUCAUAACGUCGAGGAGAUUGAAAAUACCAAUGCUGGGCAAGCAUCAGGCUUCGACACGGAGGGAACUUCAACCGGAGGCAAUCCGACUGUCUCAGUUGACUUAUGGAUGGCGAUAUCAAGAGACAAAAAGACUCUCUUGCGGGGGUGGUACCCCAAGUUCUCCAUGCACGAAGCAAACCGAGAACCCGUGGAACGCGAAGUCAACUCCCAUGCAGUCAAAUCUAUAGCCACCGCAGCUGGUGUUGACAUCGACCUUAGCGUAGAGAAUCCGCUUGAACAGUGGGUCUCACAGGUCAAGUCUGACAGGGACUCUGGUAUCUCUAGCUCCUCUGAGCGUCCACAGGUGCUGGAUCUGUAUGACGCACAGGUAAGAGUAUACAAGCGCCCUCCUCUAAGUGACCUUCUGGAGAAGGUCAACAGGACAGCGGACGAGGUUGAUUACUCCAUGCUCGAUCGCUUCCCUGGCACAAACCAAGCUCUGAACCUCGUCAAAGUACAAGAUGGCGACAAAUGUACCAAAUGCGCCAAAGGUUCAUUGAAGACUCACACCGCUGUCGAACUCGGACACACCUUCCACCUUGGCACCCGGUACAGCGAAGUCCUCCAGGCAUCCGUCAUGGUCGAUCGGUCGCUAUCCGGGGACUCUCAAUCCAAAGACCAGCAGGUGCCCAUGCAGAUGGGCUGUCAUGGAAUUGGCGUCUCGCGCAUGAUCAGCGCCGUAGCUGACAGUCUCGCGGAUUCAAAGGGCCUCAAUUGGCCUCGAGCAAUGGCACCUUACGAGGUAGUGGUCGUUCCGGGGAAGGGACUGGAGACGGAGGCAGAGAAAGUGUACGAUUCUCUCGUCUCAAAUCAUGCCUCUCCCAUCGAUGCUAUCCUGGAUGACCGCGACAAACAGAUGGGAUGGAAACUCGGGGACGCGGACUUGAUCGGAUACCCCGUGAUCAUCGUGGUCGGGAAAGGAUGGAAGAAGGCACAGACCCUCGAGGUACAAUGUCGUCGCUUGGACAAUCUACGCGAAGACGUGCCAUUGGAUCAGCUGCCGUCCUUCGUCCAGUCCCUACUAGAUCGACUAUGA